AUGUCGACGACUUCAGCCGCGGGAAAAUCGACAUCCCAGCGAACCGAGUCUACCACCAGAGCAUCAAGCGCCUCGAUAACUCGCCUCGGUGGAAAAGGAUCGAAAUCGGUAAUCCCAAGGUGCUCGACGCCCGCCCUCGGGCCGAAAUUGCCGAUCAGCACCCACCAGCAGGCGACAUGUCCAAAGUCCUCGUCAGACGGUGUUCAGGCUUCCGGUACUGCGCAACAGGAUCGCGAAGCGGCACCGACCAAGCCGACGAACUCGGAGGAGACAUCGUCUCAGUCGAAUCUUGGAGACCAAACACCCCGGAGUCGAAUCUCGGCUUUGCCGACGUUCACGGGGCUGCGACGUGGUGGGAUGAUAAAAAAUGGAGCCUCCUCGAGCGUCUCGACGAUCAAGCCAAAGCCCGGGAUGAACACGGUUCUGCAGAAACGACAAUUGGAGAAUCAGUUCGCAACGAAGAGGCAGAAGUACACGUCCCUCAGGAAGGAACUGACCGACAAGCAGAAACAAGCCCUGGACUUGUACGAAGAGAUUUCCGAGCUCCGGGAUAAGGUGAUCGCGGCAGGUUUGAAGGAUCCGGGGAAGGUAGAGAAGGUCCAGGUGGUCAGGAACGAUGCCCUUCGAGAAACGUCGGGGUUCUGCGAUGGCGAGUCUGGUGAACGGCUGUUCUAUCACUGCACAUUGACGUCCUUGGUGGCGAACGACUUCGCGGCGACGUUCGAAGAAAAGCUGAACGAUUUGACGAGCUUGAGUGGCAACGUGUGUCGGGAAGCGCUGGACAAACGGGCCGACAUGAUUGGCUUGCUGGCCGAAUUCAGCACCGGAAACAGCGCCAAGUUCGACUCGGAAAUGGCCAAGCAGCUCGAGAGUCACGAACUCGAGGAGGUCGAGGCACUCCAGAAGCGACUCGAGGAAGCGGCUUCGAAGCAGCGUGACAUGAUCGGCGAGCUCGUGAGGAACAUCCUGGCACUUUGGACCGAGCACGAGAGCUACAGGAGUCAUAUUACCGAGCUCGAGAACUCGGGCGAAGGGCUGGUCAGAGAGCUCAGGGAGAAGCUCAGAUCGGCUGUCGAGGAACUUGACGCUGAGAGGGAGAAGGUCGCCCAAAUCAAGGAGCGGAAGAGCGCGGUUGAGACGCAGCUUCAGAAAGCCAGGACCAAGAUACGCGAACUCGAGAGCCACGCGAACUCCAACGAGGCCAAGAUCCAGCAGCUUCAGGGCAGUCUCAAGUCCCUUGAUAACCUGGUGAAGCAGAAGGAGGCGGCCUUCGAGGCCCGUAGCAAGGACAUGCACAAGGCGAUGAAGAACAGCGAGAGCCUCGUCGCGAAGACGGAGAAGCAGCGAGACAGUCUCGAAUCACGGGUCAAUGAAUUGAAAAAGAAAAUCGACCAGAAAGAGGCCGAGUCCAGUGAGGCCAUCAAGAGACUCUCGAAGCAGCUUGAAGACACUGAGAAAGAACUUACAGCGGAAAAGGAAGCCAGGUCCCGAGCCGAGGAAAAGGUCUUCGAGCUGACCGAACGGUGCACCAAACUCGAAGAGAAGAGUCAGCAGCUUUGCGACCUCGCGGAGAACACCAAGGACUUGACCGUCAAGCCAGUUGACGGCGUACACACUGAAAACGAAAUCCAACUUUGGAACGAGCUGCAGACUGCCAGAACCGCUUUGGCUGCCCAGGAGGACAAGCUGCUUCAGGUCCAACGCGAGAAGGAAGAGAUCAUCACAGUUCUUCAGCAGGCAGCGGACCAAGAGGAUUCAGAAAGUGUGAAGAACAAGCUAGCCGCAGAGUUAGUAACGAAAAGCGAAGAGCUUCAGGAAGCCAACUCGGAAAGAGCGGAGCUUCAGAAGAGAUUGAAGACCGCACUUGAGAAGAGUGAAAACGUCGAGAGACAGUUGUCCGAGCUGCAGGGCAGACUACACGCCCAAUCAAAGGAGGCCGGUAAAUCGGGAUGGGCGGCGCACACCAUCGAGCUACAUCAGCAGCUGUCCGACCUUCGAUCGACCAUGGCUGAACUUCAGCGUCACAACGAGGAACUUGAAACCGCGCUGAUCCAGAAACAACUCGAGGUCGAGCAGCGGGAUAGGAUUAUGAGGGAACAAAGCAAGGUCCUCAAAGUCAGGGACGAGCUCAUCGGACUCCUCAAGGGCCAGGGAAAAAACGGCUCGGAAAACGGAACCCAGGAACACCAGAACCAGCUGGACCCUGAGACCAUCAAUCGUCUGGUGAACAAGCAGAUCGCGGCGAAGGCGGAUGAUCUGCAGGCUCUUUACACCACCCUGGAAAGCAAGCAGAUGCAGCUUAUGAGGCUGGAGAAGGUGGUGCGCCAGAUGGAGGACGAGAACGACCGUUCCCAGGCGACGCGGACGAAGCUGGAGAAGGAAGUCGCCCAGCUGCGACUCGAGUUGCACGAGAGAAAGCGGGACCGUCGGUACGUCGAGCCGCGGUUAACCCGGUCCCCGAAUUCUCGAUCUUCCUCGCCGAUUCCGGUGCUGCCGAGGCUGCCGGGACCGCGUCCGAUCCGCUCGCGGAAUCCGUCGCCGCGUGCGAAAUCGGCAAGCGGUGAUGAGAAGUCGGCGAGGUCGAAUCCCUGCGGGGAAUCCCCGUCGGUCCAAAAACUGAACGACAUUAUUCGAGCCCUCGAAAUCGAGAGGGCGCGAGGCCCGCACAGGAUUCCCCGACGCGUAUCUAGAUCCCUGAGGGGAAGCCCCGUGCGAAACAGUACCGAAAUACGCGAAGACCUCUACAACUGGCUGAUGCAGCCUUCGGCUGACAAACGAUCGGCUCAGACAAAUUCCAAACACGAAUUCGUUAAGCAUUCGCGGGCACUUUUGAACGGGGAAUUGUCCAGACGCAAUACCGAAUACGAAGUCGGCUCCUCUAUCUGGAUCGAACAGGAUACACCAACGCGGACUUCCCCGUUGAUUCGCGUCCGCCAAAAUUCAACUACAUCGCUGGGAGUAAAUGACUGUUUAUAUUUUAAAUUAAACUUACGAGUGCCUGGCCUUUUAAACAGACCCAUCAGUAGCUGA